CUCAGCAGGCAACUUGAGCAGCGGGAACCCAGGGGAAAAGGGUGGAGUCUCGAAAUCUUCCUUUGAUUGGGUAGUCGCGUGCCCCGAGGCCUUCUGGGAAUCGUAGUUGUGCGGUUUCGCCUGAGCGGACUGUGGCUGCGCGCGCAGCCCCGCCCCUGUUUCUCGCUAGCCUCGCGCUCUGAGCCGGCCAGGUGUGUGUCAUGGCCCCGGACCCCGUGAGCGAGUGUCCGCGCUCCCAGCCCCUGUCGCAAAGUUUAGAGCAUGCAGGUGCUCGGCCAUUUGGUGGGGAGAAAGCCCUGAAGGCCACAGCCUCAGCGACGCUGCCCCAGGGGAAAGCGAUGGCGGUGGUGGUCCCAAAGCCCCGGCCCCUUACUCUGCGCCAACAAGAUGGCGUCCUGGCGACAGAUGCCCCCGUGAAGCGAGAGGCCUUGCUGGCUGCUGAGCCCGGGGACCCCGAAGCUUCUCGGCACAACUUCAGGCACUUUCGGUACACACAAGCGUCUGGGCCCCGCAAGGCCCUGAGCCAGCUCCGAGAACUCUGCCUGCAGUGGCUGAGGCCAGAGAUUCAUACAAAGCAGCAGAUCAUGGAGCUCUUGGUCCUGGAGCAGUUCCUGAUCAUCCUGCCCAGGGAGAUCCAGGCCUGGGUGAAGUCACAGCAUCCGGGCAAUAGUGAAGAGGUAGUGACUCUGCUGGAGAACUUGGCUCAAGUGCUAGAGGGAGGAGGCCAGCCUUCUCCGGGCUCGGAACUUUCCCAGCAAGGGAGCACAGAGGAGGAAGAAAAGCCCAGGGUCCCCUUGCUCACCCGUUCCCAGGAUGAAUGGAGACAGAUGAACUCUGCACAGACAGAUCUGUAUAAGGAUACAAAGCCAGAGAAGUGUUGGAAUCUAGUGUCGUGGGCAGGAAUCCCAGUUCCCAAACCGGAUGUGAUCCCUGACUCCGAUGGAGGGAGAGAACCCCAGAUCCCGGCUGCCCAGGGAAGCCAAGAGCCUCACAGCCUGCAGGGCAGCCGCCCAGCCUGCGAGCCUAGCACGGAGGCCAAGGCGGGUAUCUGUGCCGCCGCGGCCCUGCCAGGAUCCCGAGCCAAAAGGCCCAGGAGGAAUGGCGCCCAAGGCGCCGCGUUAAGGGAAGCGGGGGACACCGAGGACCCGGCAGGGAAGCCGAAGGGGGGGCCGGCCCGGGCCAGUCCCAGGAGGCCUUUGCUCCCGAGGAGCUUCCGGAAAGUGGCCUUUUCCCCCAAGAGCCCCGCGGCGGGCCCGCCUCCGAGGGCGCCGGCCGGAGAGAGGCCCUGGGGGAAAGCCUUCAGGCAGUUUUCCGACCCCAUUAAGUGUAAGCGAAUCCGCGUGGGCCCGAAGGCGUACAAGUGCAAGGAGUGCGGGGAGACGUUCAGCGACUGCUCCACGUGCAUUCGCCACCAGAGGGUGCACACGGGCGAGAAGCCGUACCGCUGCGCCGAGUGCGGGGAGGCCUUCACGCGGGGCACCUCCCUCACCGAGCACCAGCGGACGCACACGGGCGAGAGGCCCUAUGCCUGCCGCGCCUGCGACAAGGCCUUCACGCGCCGCUCGUCCCUGGUCAAGCACCAGCGCGUGCACACCGGAGAGAAGCCGUACGCGUGCGGGGUCUGCGGGAAGGCCUUCAGCCACGGCUCGGCCCUCAUCAUCCACCAGAGGAUCCACACCGGAGAGAAGCCCUAUAAAUGCGGCCAGUGCGCCAAGGCCUUCAGCAACAGCUCGGCGCUCAUCAGACACCAGCAGCACCACGGCGGCGCCUAGCCCGGCCAGGCCCACCCCGACCCAUUCCUCCGUGCCCGCAGGAGUGAGGGCCGCCCACGAGCCCUGCUCUGAUUUCUUGUGCCCCUCCCCUGGCCCGGCAGCCCCCUGCGCCCCCCCCCCCCCAGCUCCGGCUCUGCCCAAAUCUAUCUGAACUUCCAGACUAUUCUUUCGUCCCACCCGGUACAGUCUGCCGUGGAGAAGCGGAGCCUGGCAUGGCGGCUGGUCACAGCCUCGGGGCCUCCAGGCUCACCUGUAAAGCCGGCGCUGGGAAGAGGCUCAGGGCAGCCCUUUCACAGGAGAGCAGAGGCUGGGAGGGGCCCGAGACCUUCCCUCUGAGGUCUCCCUUUUCUGACCUGGACCCAACAGAGCCCUGAUUCUAGAGGGAAGGGAAGGACCAAAAGGAGCCAGAAUAAAGUCCCCUGAUCCAGACUGCUUCUUCUUUCCCUGUGGCCGGCUCCCUCUACGCACAGAGGCCGCCCAGGAGAGCCCAACGAGCCCACCGUGCAGGCAGAGCUCUUCCCCAGGCCGCCCGCCAUUCCUGGCCCCCUUCCUGUCCCGCCCCCCCGGCCUGCUCUUCUAAAGCGGCUCCUCACACCUCCUGUUACCCCUAAGAGUGGCUGGAGAGCAAGUGGAUAGAGCGAAGGCCUGCCGUCAGGAAGUCCCAAGUUCAAAACCUGACUGGGACUCUAGCGGUGUGAGUAGAAAGUCACUUAGCCCCCAUUUGCUUCCGUUUCCCCAUCUGUAAAAUGGGAAUAAUAACAGCGCCUUCCCGGAUCCAACAAGAAUCUUUGAGCACUUUGCCGCUCCUAAAGGGCUCCAUGAAUCCAGGCUGUGAUUGUAUUCCGUGUCUUGCCCAAGCUGGGUAUCUCCUGGGAGGAUAAUCUGUGCUUUGCAAUUCUCCAAGAGUCCCCUCCCGAGACUCUAGGAGGGAAGCCAGGCAGCCUCCUCCAGAUCAGAUCCCUCCUUGGCCACCCCUCCACCCCUCUUAGCCCUUCUGGCCUCCCUUCCUCCUGCCAAGCCUCAUCCAUCCCUUCAUGGUUCCUCCCACGUUGCCCCUCUGUGAGUUAGUGGAGACCCUCACUGAGCCCCAUGACCUUUCUCCCAGCUACAGGCAAGCCUGGUCUUCCCAGGAACCUUCUCUGCCCUCCUGGGCCUCAGCUUCCUUCCUCCUCUCUCCAUUGGAAUCUCCCUGCUUUGUUCAGUUGCCUCCACCAGGAAGCAAGCAGGGCCCUCUGGGGUGCUGCCCCUGUCGCUGAAGGGGGCUUACAGAGCAGGCUUCAUCUCUUCCCCUCCCAGUCCGUAUAGCCACCUGUCAUACAUACUGAGAUUGGGAGCUCCCAGAGGUGGGCAGAACCCAGUUGGGGAUUCCCAGUGUCCUACUCAUAGGAGCAGCCUUAAUAAAAGUUGAUUGACUCCAG